UUGCCAUCAGCAGAACGCCAACACGUAAAACAAAACAGAUGCCAACACAGCGCUACAGACCGAGGGGCCGUAGAUAACAAAAUUAGCCACCAUCCCCAAGGUGAGGAACGUCCGAAACGAAGGAAAGAAAGGAAAAAGACUCACCUAGACGCCCCUAGUUAGUUAGACGGUUAGUUAACUUCAGGAUAAGUGAGGUUAUUUGGUCGUGAUCGCUAAACCGGCUAAGAAAAGCAGCGUUCCUCAGUCACAAAGGGAUCUGUCAGUCGGUGGCGGACAUUUUGCCAUGGCUCAGGAGACCAAUCAGAGCCCGGUUCCCAUGCCGUGCGCCACUGGCUGUGGUUUCUAUGGCAACCCCAGGACCAACGGCAUGUGCUCCGUUUGCCACAAGGAGCACCUGUCGAGACAGAACAACGGCGGCGUCAGCUCUCUGAGCCCAAUCGGCAGCAGCUCCACAGCCGAGGAGUCCGCCAUCCAGAGUUUAGAGGACACUUUGAACAACGCUGCAGCCGCCGCCGUCGCUGCUGCAGAGGAGGCGGCUGAGGCGGCGGCGGCUGCUGCCUCCGAUACCGCAGAUCCCCUCAGUGGGAGCUCGGCCGCCGCCUCGGUGACGCAGCAGAUGACUGAAAUGAGGCUCUCGUCUCGGGAGAAACCGGCAUCAGGGAGCAAACUAGAAGACCCAGAAGCAAUUGUGAAUCAGCCGCCCAGUUCGGUUCCUCUCCCCUCCAUUGCUGGCAGUGAAGAAGUCGGACCCUCCGAACCCACCAAGCCCAAAAAGAACCGCUGCUUUAUGUGUCGCAAAAAAGUCGGCCUCACUGGUUUCGGCUGCCGCUGUGGGAAUCUGUUCUGCGGGAUCCACCGCUACUCCGACAAACACGACUGUCCGUACGACUACAAAGCUGACGCCGCUGCCAAGAUCCGUAAGGAGAAUCCCAUGGUGGUGGCCGAGAAGAUCCAGAGAAUAUGAACGCUCCAUUCUGUUGGACUUUUAACAGAUUUCAGAACACGGACCUGAACUCGGCUUCUGUUCCUUCAUUCUCCCUCCGGUUCCGACCCGGCUCACAUUUUAUGCUAACAUGAUUUUUCUUCUUCUUCUCAUGAUUUCUCGUCGGCGUUUGGAGCUUUAAUGCUGGCUGAGGAGGAGGCGGAUUAAGGUGUGGCUUCCCUUUAAAAACAUCCUGCUAAUGGCUUCCCGCUCCGGUUUGUCUGAUGAAAUCUGCCCGGUAACAACGCCAACUCGGACUAACGGGCUGAAAUCUGCCCGGUAACGGCGUUAGCCCGGACUAUCGGGCAGUCUACGCUUGCUCUCUGCUGGCUUGAGUAGCAAAAUAGAUUCGUUUAACCGUCUGGAUUUCUGCCAAGACACAAACCCAAACUUGGAUUCCUUGUAGGAGACAUUUUUGCCAACUUUUGUGCUUCACUUCCUGUGGCGUUGGGCUCUAACGGAGUCCUCAAACCGUCCAAGACUGAUUGUUGCCGUUAACUUAGCUCUCCUGAACACUAGUGUGUGUGCAGUUUGUACGACUCGUUUUGGAAGGGGUUCAUCUUUCACCUGUUGUUUUUUUCUUUAAGAAGUGACGUUGUGGGGAAGCGAUGAUUUAACUGAUUGGUGGUUGAAAGUUUUACAAUUUCCAUUAAUUUUGUUUUGUCUGUUUUUGGGUCUUGCUGCUUUU